GGGUUAUGUCUCUCAUUCAGCCUCUCUCACAGAAAUCUCUCUCUAUCUCUCUCCUGUGAGAACACACACAAAAACUCUUAUCUCUUUCUCGCUAAUCUUUAAUCUCUCCGUACAAUCUCUACACACAUAGAGAGGAACGUUAUGCAGCAAGGCGAUCAGACUGUUUUGAGCUUGAGACCUGGUGGUGGCGGUGCAAGAGCUGGUGGAGCCACUAGAUUUGCUGCUGCUGAUCUGCCGUUUCUUCGCCCUCAAGCUCCCUCUUCUUCAUCCAAGAUUGGCGAGGCUCGAUUUGAGGACCGUGAGCUGAUUCGGUUUUCUCGAGAUCAGUUGUUGCAGCUCAGGGAGGCUGGGAAGAUAAACGAUGACAUCCUAAGAGUUAAGCAAGAAGUUGAAGCUGAGUUUUUUGGUGAAGAUCAGAACUGGAAUCGUGUGGAGAACAGUCCGCAGAAACAACCAAAUCAGCCGACUAUUCGCCAUGCAGAGCCAGACAGCCGUGAUUGGCGCAGUCGACCUGAACAACUGCCCAUCCCUGUUGAGGAGAGAUUUCGUCAAGACCAGCUGAACUCACAUCAUGGAAGAGGACCAUUUUCUUCUCAACAAGGGGGAGGUCCAACUCCAGUUCUUGUGAAGGCUGAGUUGCCAUGGUCAGUUCAAAGGGGGAAACUAUCUGAGAAAGAACGAGUCUUGAAAACAGUGAAAGGUAUUUUGAACAAGCUGACUCCGGAGAAGUUUGAGAUUCUGAAAGGUCAACUUAUUAAUUCUGGGAUAACAACUGCAGACAUUUUGAAGGGAGUUAUAUCAUUAAUAUUUGACAAGGCGGUGCUGGAACCAACAUUUUGCCCCAUGUAUGCAGAGCUGUGUUCUGAUCUGAAUGAGAACCUUCCUCCAUUCCCAGCUGAUGAGCCUGGUGGGAGGGAGAUCACCCUAAAGAGAAUUCUUUUAAAUAAUUGCCAGGAGGCUUUUGAAGGUGCUGACAAGCUCAGGGAAGAAAUAAGGCAGAUGACUGCUCCUGAGCAAGAAUCUGAAAGGAGAGAUAAAGAAAAAAUGAUCAAGCUUCGCACUCUUGGAAACAUCCGUCUGAUUGGGGAGCUUCUAAAGCAGAAGAUGGUUCCUGAAAAAAUUGUCCACCACAUUGUUCAGGAACUUCUAGGUCCAGAUAAGAGCUGUCCUGAAGAGGAAAAUGUUGAGGCUAUAUGUCAGUUCUUUAGAACGAUUGGGAAACAGCUUGAUGAAAGUCAGAAAGCAAGACGCAUCAAUGAUGUUUACUUUGUUCGACUCAAGGAACUGUCGACAAACCCUCAACUGGCCUCGAGAAUGAGAUUUAUGGUUCGUGAUGUUCUUGAUCUGCGCGCCAAUGGAUGGGUUCCCAGGCGGGAAGAGGUAAAAGCCAAAACCAUCACAGAGAUUCAUACUGAAGCUGAGAGGACCAUGAACUUGCGUCCUGGUGCUACUGCAGCUAUGAGAAAUAAUCGAGUGAUGGCAUCUAAUGCGCAAGGUGUUGCUAACAGUUUAGGAGGUUUUCCGAUCAACCGGCCUGGCACUGGAGGAAUGAUGCCUGGAAUGCCGGGAAGCAGAAAGAUGCCUGGGAUGCCUGGAAUUGAUAAUGACAACUGGGAGGUAACUAGGUCAAGGUCGUCGCCAAGAAAUGAUCCAAAUCAGCUGGUUGGGCGUGUUCAGCCACCAUCAGUUGGCAAGUCGGCAGUGGUGAAUCCAAGAUACCUACCUCAAGGUGGGCCUUUAAGUGGUGGGGCAAGUGCCUUACUGCAAGGUAAUGCUGUUGGUUCUGUGACUUCUGUCCGUCCUGCUAAUUUCAGCCCUAGCAUCGAACCUGCACCUCCUUCACCUGCUAGGCCUGUUCCUUUGGCAUCGAUGCGUCCAGUUGCCAACCAAAUGUCCAGUUCCUUCAGCAUCGAUGCACUCAAGAGAAAAACAACCUCUCUUCUGGAGGAAUAUUUUAGUGUACGUAUGCUGGAUGAAGCGUUACACUGUGUGGAGGAAUUGAAGUCCCCCGAUUACCACCCUGAGUUUGUUAAGGAAGCCAUUGCUCUGGGGUUGGAGAAAAGCCCACCAUGUUUGGGGCCUGUUGCGAAGCUGCUGGAGUACCUGUAUGCUAAGAGAGUUCUUACAUCAGCUGACAUAGAGACUGGAUGCCUUCUCUAUGGUUCAACCUUGGAUGAUGUUGGUAUCGAUUUACCUAAAGCACCGAAUAAUUUUGGGGAGAUAAUUGGAAUCUUAAUUUUGGGCGGGGAGUUGAAUGUUAAGGUGUUAGAGGCGGUUUUGAAGAAGAUGGAGGAUGACAUGUUUCAGAAAGCUGUAUUUUCGGCAGCGCUGAGGACUGUCACUUUGAGUCCUGCUGGGAAAGCUUUAUUAGAUUCAAAUGCAGCUGAUAUUGAGUCCUGCAAGAGUCUUUUCUAGCAAUUGUUCCUAUUUCUGCAUAAUAUGUAACCUCGUGAGGAUGCCCCAUUCUGUCUUCUCCAGCUCCAUCUACCACCAAGACAAGUUCAAGGUUUGAAAUAUAGGUUUUUUAAUGAGUUGUGCAUUUCUUGAGGUUAUAGUAUUGACAUCUGUUAAUCGGAGCUGCACAUUCGAUUCUUGUGUGCCUUUCGAUGAGCAGCCUCUUUAUGGAGUAUCCCGGAAAUCAGAAGUUUUAUAUUCGGAUA